CAGGACAGCUCCACUCUUUGUCCAACAUCUCAGCGAGGCUGCAGGGGUGGCCGCUGAUCUCAGAGCUUCACAAUGUCUCCCAAGGAGAAAGAGAAAGAUGCUGAAAAGCCAGCCAAGAAAGACAAAGACCCAGUGAACAAGUCUGGGGGCAAGGCCAAAAAGAAGUGGUCCAAAGGCAAAGUUCAGGACACGCUCAAUGACCUGGUCUCGUGUGACAAAGCGACAUGUGACAAACUUCAUAUUCCCAACUAGAAGCUUAGGACCCCAGCCGUCGUCUCUGAGAGACUGAAGAUUCAAGGCCCCCUGGCUGGGGUGGCCUUUCAGGAGCUCCUUAGUGAAGAACUUAGGAAACUAGUUGCAAAGUACAGAGCUCUGGUCAUUUACACCAGAAACACCAGGGGCAGAGAUGCCCCAGCUGCUGGCGAAGAUGCAUGGACAGAUCCCACUAACUGCCUGCAGCAAGUUCGGUUGCGCGGAGACCGCAGCUGUUCCCUGUCAGUGGAGGCAGCGGCGGUAGAGACGGUGGCGACGACUUGCGGCGGAGGCGAGGAGUCUUCGUCGGCGCGGGCGCAGCCAGGCCUCCUCCGCCCCGCGUCCCUGGCGGCCGCCGGGGCCCUCGUUCUGGUCCUCGGGCCCAUUUUGCAGAUGUAG